UUUUCAACUACGCUCCUCCCACUCCUACAAUGGCAGCUCUAAAGUCAGCAAAAGCAGUCCCCAGCCCCACUGCAAAAGACUAUGAACCUGCUAAGAGAACUGGUCAUUCUACAGUAAUAGUAGGAGACUGUCUUUAUAUUUGGGGUGGGGAGAGAGAUGACCAUCCUAAAGUACACAGUAUUGAGAUAGAGAGAAAAGAUUCAUCAUUUGUGGAGGUACUUCACCUUCCGACCGGUAGGUGGGAGCAGAAACCUACCACUGGUGAUCCUCCACUGGGUAUCAUUAACUAUGCAGCUGUUGCUAUUGGGAAUGAGAUAUUCUAUUAUGGAGGACGUUGUAGUCAUUAUGGUCGCUAUGAUGAUAAUGUUUUUACAGUUUAAAUGUUGAUACUCUCAAAUGGAGGAAAUUUGUACCUACUAAUCCUAAGGAUGGUCCUAAGGAGAAGGAUAAUUGUGAAUUGCUACAGGUCAGUGGAUCUCACCUAAAGUUACUGGAGAUGAUAUUACUGAAAUUGAUUACUUUAAUCUGAUGUCAGUAGAUGACACCAGUGCUAUUUUACUUCAAGAUGAUGAUAGUAAUAUCAAAACAAGGGCAGUCUGUCUCUUGAUACUCGUCCGAUACACCGUACAUGUGUUGGGAGGCUAUGAUGGCACAUGAGUGAGUUAACUCACUCUCAUCCUAAGAGAAGAGAAGGACAAUAACAUCAGUGAGAGAGAGAGAGAGAGAUUACAAUGCACAGUUGGUUAUAAUAGCUCACUAUUCUUCAGCCAUCAUGCCCAAGAACAAUAUUAUGAACAGGAACAAUAGAGUAAACUAUCAAUUAUCGGACCCCACCCAUGUUCGGACGGCUCUUGCCAGCUCUGCAAAAGAGCAACCGCAUUUCCUUAUGUAUCAAACUAAGCAUUACUUUUAGCUUUGUAAUAGGUUUCUUGAAAAAGAAAGCAAUGUGCCUCUUGCAUGAAAUUAUACUAAAAAUAAUGUACCUUUCUGAUAUUAUGGAAUAUCGGACAAAAUCAUAUAAUUCCGUACAGUGCAUUUUUUACUACAAACCCAACUGUUACUUAUCACCACCUGGAUAACAUUAAGAGUCUCUGUAUAAUGAAAUAAAAGAGCACCUUGAGACCUGCUAUCUCCGUCGGACAUGGGUGGGGCUAUAACAAUUAUUAAUUAAUUAAUUAUCGUAGAUCCUCGUGCUGUCUGUUUGCUGACUACUCUGUGUAAAAAAGUGUCUUUACGGCUUUAAGCUGCUGUAUUUCAAGAGAUUAGAAUUAUGGCUGUAGCAGACCGUACCUUUCGUUCCUCACGUGCCACAUCUACAUCAGUACGAUGAUCCAAGUCUGACUCUCCUGAGAGACCACAGGUUUACAAAGAAGCGUAUACAGCAGAUAGACUUUGGCUAGCAUACGAAGGAGUCAAUGAUGGUCGCUUAUCAGUCAGACAUGCUGCUGAGAUGUAUAAUGUGUCAAAGUCUACAUUGUGUGAUCGAGUAACAGGCCAAGUAAAAUUUGAUACACUCAGUGGGCCUUCUUGGUAUCUUAACGAUAAGGAUGAGGAGGAAUUGGUUAAAUUUGUAUGUCAAUGUUCAAAGACUGGUUACGCUAAGGCCAAGAAGGAAAUAUUAGCCAUUGUUGAGGAAAUAUUAAGAUCAAAAGGCAACCCUAUUUAAGUGUCUAAUGAUUACCGGGUGGGAAAGUUUUAGGAGUGAUAAGGCCAAGAAGGAAAUAUUAGCCAUUGUUGAGGAAGUAAUAAGAUCAAAAGGCAACCCUACUCAAGUCUGGGCUUGCCCCAGUGACUAUAAAUUGCACUAGCUCGCCCCAACCAUUCAUAUUGAGAUAGAAAUAUUAAUAGAAAAGUCUGUGCUGGGCGUGCUUUCUUUCUCUUGUCUAAUUAAGCCUAGUCUUAGAUCUAGUCAAUAGUUAUGGGUAGUACUAUCUCUGCAGCAAGAGACCUGUUAAAGAAAGAUGGAGAGAAAGCAGAACUUGAGCAGCAGUUGGAGAUACUGGAGAAAAUGGUGAAUGGGCGCUUGGACAAGGAAAUGGAUAACAUACUGCAAGGAAGGAAAGGAAACCAAGAGAUACAGACUGGGACUAUCGUCGCGAUACAUCGUCAAAUAAACAUCACUGAUUCUACAAAACAGGAACUGGACGAGUGUCUGUCUAAAUCCCUUCAUGAAUUUUUCAGCGGAGGGGACUACAUUGAUGGGAUAACUAGUAUAAUUAAGCUUGGAGCUGAUACUGUUCUAGGUAAUGCGUCAAUUGGAGAGUACGAGACAUCAGAUAUGUUCAUCAUUUGGAAUUCAAAUGCACUCAUACGUUGCGAUGCUUACUAUUAUCGUUGGAAUUUUAUAUCUAAAGGUGUUAUCGAAGAUGCAGAUGGUUGCACUGGCGUACUUCUUGUUCAACGUGUCAUUAAUGCCACUAAAGUUGAUCCACAAGUGCUGACUUGGGCUAUAACAAAUCAAGUCAAGAAACAUCAUAGUUCAAAAGAUGACAUGAAGGAUGGUGACAUUGAAAAGCUAGCUACUGAGGCUAUUGAUUCUGCUAUGAAAGUUCUUGAGAAAGUUGUUGGGUUUCAAGUUAAAGUGAAACUCAUAGAAGAUGGCCAAAUUAAUAAAUCUGGUGACUGAUAUUGUUUUUUUAUAGUUACAUUUUAAUAGAGUAGAGUUUAAAACUUUUUAUUAUAGUUAUUUUGAGCUAUUUCUUAUAACAUUAGUAGUGAUUGAAUUAUAGUAAUAAUUAUAAUAUCUGAUUUUUGAGAGAAAA